AUGAUUGCAAUUUCAAGCGCAUUAUCUUUCUUCGCAUUUUCUGCGACAGGGGCCUUUGCAGCAAUAGGGCCUUCAACUGACUUGUAUAUUGCUAAUAAAGGCAUCUCUCCGAAUGGCUACAAUCGCUCUGCUGUUCUUGCAGGGGCUUCCCCGAGUACUCUGCAAUUUCCUGGUCCUCUCAUCACUGCAAACAAGGGAGACACAUUUGCAAUUAAUGUUAUUGACCAAUUGACGGACACGUCUAUGUUGACGAGCACGAGCAUUCAUUGGCAUGGAUUUUUUCAAAAGGGGACUACCUGGGCAGAUGGCCCAGUUGGCGUCAAUCAAUGCCCCAUUGCCCCAGGUCAUUCAUUCAUGUACCAAUUUUCCGCUGCAGAUCAGGCAGGCACGUACUGGUAUCAUUCUCACCAUGAAACACAAUACUGUGAUGGUCUGCGAGGACCUAUGGUUGUUUAUGAUCCUGAUGACCCACACAAGUCAAAGUACGAUGUUGACGAUGAGUCGACCGUCAUUACACUCUCCGACUGGUACGAGAAGCCGGCCCCAUCCGCUGGAAACUUUCCGACUCCCAAUGCGACACUCGUCAACGGAUUAGGACGCGCCUUCAAUGGUCCAGCGUCCCCACUGACCGUCAUCAAUGUCGCUGAAGACAUUCGGUAUCGCUUCCGCCUCGUCUCGAUGUCCUGCGACCCCAACUACAACUUUAGCAUCGACGGGCAUACCAUGACCAUCAUUGAAGUCGACGGUGUGAGCGUCCAGCCGCUCGAGGUGGACUCGAUCCAGAUAUUUGCGGGGCAGCGGUACUCGUUUGUGCUGCAUGCCGACCAGGCCGUUGAUAACUACAUUAUCCGCGCAGUCCCGAACCUGGGGCACGCUGGGUUCGAGGGCGGCACAAACACUGCGAUUUUGCGUUAUGUCGGCGCGUCGGAUCAGGACCCGGAUUUUGCCGUUCCAGCGCCUCACAGUUUCGCGCCUAUGCUCGAGACCAAUCUGCACCCGCUUGACACGGGCGCGGGUACAGGUGCCCCAGGCGUUCAUGCACGCGGUGCGGCGGACGUAAAUAUGCAGCUGGACAUCACGUUUGUCGGCGGUGCGCAAAGCAAGUUCACGAUCAGCAAUGGAACGGCUGUGGGCACGUUUGUGCCGCCGCCGUUGCCGGUCCUGCUACAGAUUCUGAGCAAGAAGUAUACGCCGCAGGAGCUACUGCCAGCAGGAAAUGUAUUCGAGCUUCCACCAAAUAAGGUGGUGGAGAUUACAAUGCCCGGGGGAUCGGGUGGGAGUCCACACCCAAUUCAUCUGCACGGGCACAAUUUCUAUGUUAUUCGCAGCGCAGGUAGCAGCGUCGACAACUACGACAACCCGGUAAUCCGUGACGUGGUCAGCCUCGGGUCUUCAAAGGAUGAUAGAGUCACUAUUCGCUUCGUCACCGACAACUCAGGUCCCUGGAUUAUGCAUUGCCACAUUGACUGGCACCUUCAAUUGGGUCUCGCUGUCGUUUUCGCAGAAAAUAUACCAGAGAUUGAAACUUUUAACCCUCCUCCGGCUUAUGACGAGCUCUGUCCGAUAUACAACGCCCUUCCCCCUCAGACAUUUAAUUGA